AUGGCAUCAUUGUGUGAGGAUGAAUUGCUUCACAUAUUUUCCUUUCUUCCAACAAAAUCAAUAUGUAAGUUUCAAUCUCUUUGCAAAUCUCUUCAUCAUGAAAUUCAUGGAGCCAGAUUUAGGAUGAACCAUGCACAAAAUAUAUCUCUAAAAGAUGAUACUUACAUCUUCAUUCAACCAAGAAUAUUUUUCAAUAACUUCGACAAGGAUGAAUUAUUCCAUCUGUUGUCGCCACUGUCACCGUCGUCACCGGCUGGAGAAGAAGAAUCGAAUUUCCAUGAGCAGCUGCCUAGAAAUUUCUUGCAAUUCUUGAAGAAGGUAAAAAUUCUUGCUUCAAGCAAUGGUUUAAUUUUGUGUCAAAGUAAUAGUAAUAAGGAGCUAUGUUUAUGUAACCCUAUAACACAAACAUGGCUCCCAAUUACUACUCCAUCCACUCUACCUGAAAGUCCUUUUCAUGAAGCCAAUAUUUUCUUCAAGUGCAUGAAUAAUAAGGGUUUGGAUUAUUUGGAUGAUUACUUGAUAAUUUUGAUUGAGGGGACACCAGAAUGGGGGCAACAUGUUAUUAUUAAAUUAUAUUCGUCAAAAGAAGGUAUAUGGAGAAGAAUGGAGAAUGAUUUUUUUGUUGGUCCAAUGAAUAUGAGACUCGAUAAUUCUGUUUAUCUUCAAGAAAAAUUGUUUCUGAUUUCAAAUAGUCCUUCUGUUUUUAAGAAGGGUUCUCAUUAUCUUCCACUAUAUAUAAUGGCCUAUGAUUUUGCGGCCGGUGGCGAAUCAACGACGGUCAACCUACCAGAAGAUACUUUAGAAGCUUCUCUUGAUUGGAAUUGUGAUCUAAGAAUUUUUGAAUGGGGGAAGGAGAAGAAUUUGGAUCAUUCUCUUUGCUUAGUUAGGUACAUGAAAGGUUGUUUUACUAUAUGGAUUUUGAUAGAUUCAAAGUCAAGUAAAUGGAAAAGGAUUUUGGAAAUUAAGGUUGAAGAGAUAGGGUUGAAGGAAGAAAAUCCUAAUGUUCAAGGGUUUAGAAUUGUUAAUGGGAAUUGUUUGGUUUUUGUAACCGGGAGAAAAGUGUAUGGAUAUUAUUGUUUCAAUGAUCAAAGUUGUUGGAGAUUGAAAGAAAUAUGUGAACAUAAAUGGGAUAAUAUUAGAAUUAAUUUGAUCUCUUAUUCUCCAACUCUUCGACCUUGUGGAAACAAUAUGACUUGA